CUUCUGGUCAGUGAUUUUCCCACACAAAAAGACCCUGUGUGAAACCAACAUGUAUAGUUGACAUUAUUCACCAGAUUGUGAUUAUUAUAUGAGGGUUUAUACCAUCACAGACACACUAGAAUUUGGGCAGAUUAGAUAGUUGGAUAACUCAAGGGUCAAGCUUUGAUCAGCCAAACUCCCUCUAACAAUCCUCACCUUUAUAUAUGAUCCCAAAAGCUUCAUUCGGCAUAUACAGUUAACCUCCCUUAUCAGUGAUUCUUUCUCUGUCUCAUCUCCUCCAAUUGCAUUUCCAUGGCUUCUUCUAGAUUGAUCAAAUUGCUUCUUCUCUAUAAUCUUUGCUCAUGGAUUCUUCUUCUUUACCUUCCAAAAUCCACCGAGGGACUCACGGAUGAUAGUGAUUGGCUUCGGCGGAUUGGCGCAAAUGCAGCGCCUUACCGGACGAUCUUCGUCGACUCAUCCAGACGGCUCAGCAACUUCACCACCAUACAGUCUGCCAUCAACUCCGUUCCUUCGAAUAACAUUAACUGGGUUUGCAUCUACAUCAAGAAAGGGAUUUACAGGGAGAAGGUGAGAAUACCGAAGGAAAAACCGUACAUCAUCCUCAAAGGACAAGCGAAGAGGACGACCCAGGUCGUGUGGGACGACCACGGCACCACCAUCGGGCACAGCCCGACAUUCACUUCCUUGGCUGACAACAUCGUUGCCAAGAGCAUCAGUUUCAGGAAUUUGUACAAUAACCCGAUGAAUAAGAAAAACCCUAGGGUCCCAGCAGUUGCAGCUAGGAUUUCUGGGGACAAGAAUAUGUUCUAUAGAUGUGGUUUCUAUGGUCUGCAAGAUACACUGUGGGACGAUCAAGGACGGCAUUAUUUCAAGCGUUGCACCGUCCAAGGAGCCGUCGACUUCAUCUUCGGUAGUGGGCAGUCCAUUUACGAGAACUGUGCAAUAUCAGUACUUGGAAGAGCCCUAGGGCCAGGAGUUUCAGGGUUCAUCACAGCGCAAGGAAGAAGCAACCCACACGAUACGAACGGGUUCGUGUUCAAGGAGUGCAAUGUGUUCGGCUCCGGGUCGGCCUUGUUAGGAAGGCCGUGGAGAGCCUAUGCGAGAGUUGUCUUCUACCGCUCCAAUUUCACCGAUGUCGUGCAUCCUCGAGGCUGGGAAGCCGGGAAUUUCGCCGGACGAGAGUCCCGAUUGACAUUUUCAGAAUAUGGAUGCUAUGGACCUGGGUCAGAUACUUCUCGGCGGGUGGGCUGGGAGAAGAAGUUGAAUCCGGCGGUGGUCGACCAAUUGAUCAGCACAAGUUUCAUUGACUCCGAAGGUUGGCUAGGCGGUCAACCCUUCUAAUACCAUUACUUAUUACUUAUUUCUAUUUAUUAUUUCCUUCUUUAGGGC